AUGUGCGACUCGAGCCGGCAAGAUCCAGCCAUAUGGCAGCCAACUCUGCCCUUCCCGAGCCUGGCGACGAAGGGGUUGGUGAGCGCGGUGGUGGCCAUGGAUGAACUCGAGCCCGGGCGUGUUGGUGGAGGCAUCUAUCUACCUCAGGGCAGCGAGCUGGAGCUGGGCCUGGACAAGGGAGUAAGCUUUUCCAAGCACUUCUUCGCCAAGUACGAGCUCGGCAAGGAGGUCGGAUGUGGCCACUUAGGAUACACCUGCGCCGCCAAGGCCUAG